AUGCUGGAGAUGGCGGAGGCGGAGCAUACGGCGCUGCUGCUAAAGUGCUACACCAAGCUGAAGGACUUCUCCACCUUGGAGGAGUUCCUGAGAACGACGCCCCCCUCACAGUACGACCACGCAACGGCCAUUGAGGUCUUGGAGUCGGCAUCUUACUACGACCUGGCGGCAGAGGUGGCGCAGAAGGUUGGCCGCUACGAUGACUACGUCCGCAUUUCUUUGGAGCAGUUCAAGAACUGCAGCGCCACGGUGGAGUUCCUCCGUUCCUUGCCCCGGGCAGAGGCCGGGCGCAUCCUGCUGCGGCGGCGGGCGCUCAUGCGUCAUGCGCCCAAGGAGACCAUCGCCCUGGUGAGGCACUUGUGUGAGCUGGACAGCCAGGCCUCGCCGACGGAGCAAGGUCCAGCCAUCGACGAGCUGCUGCCGGUCUUUGUUGAUGACCUGCCGCAGCUGGAGGUGUUUUUGCGCUCCGUGCUGCUGGAUGAUGGCUGCCAGCUUCCCCACUCAAAGGCGGAGCGGCUCUUUCCCACGCUGCUGGAGCUACUGGUGAAGUCACACAGUGAGCUGGUGUCUGGAGAAGGCGCUGCCAGCGACCAGCAAGAGGCCGCCAGCAGCAUCGCUGCCGACAUCAUGCGGCUCAUUCGACAGUAUCCCAGCGACGCCGCCUUGGCCAACACCCUCAUGGUGUGCCAAACCCAUGGCUUUGUGGACGGCUUCUUCUACGCGGCCGAGAAGCUUCACCGGCAUCAGUUGCUGAUGCAGUGGUGCUUUGAACACAAGGAUGCAGGGCGCCUGCUGGACGUGUGCAAGCGCUGCGGGCCGGCGGACCAGAGUCUUUGGGUGCAGGCCUUGUCCUUCCUGGCCUCGCCAGAAAGCGGCGAGGGCCACCUGGAGGAGAUGCAAGAGGUGCUGCGCCACAUUGAGGACAGCGAUCUGAUGCCGCUGCUGCUGGUCAUCGAAACGCUGCGCAACAGCGAGGAGGUGACGAUCGGUGACGUGCGGCCCUACCUCCAGGCACAGUAUCGGCGACUGGUGGACUCUGUCGAAGUCUCCCGGGGCAAGUCCACCCAGGACCGGCAGGAGAUCGCUCGCAUGCAGCAGGAGAUUGUGCAGCUGCGUACGCAGGCCAAGGAAUUUCAGAACACGAGGUGCUUCCAGUGUGGCCUCACGCUGGAGGUGCCUGCGGUGCACUUCUUCUGCGGUCACUCGUACCACUCCUUCUGCACACCAACGGACGGCACCUGCCCCAAGUGCUCCUCCGGCGCUUUGCCGAAGCUGUCCUUGAAGGAGCAGCGAGAAGCGCAGGCAAGGAACGCUGAGGACUUCUUCAAGUACCUCCAGGGCGGUGGUGAUCGGGUGCAAGCCAUGGGCGAGUGGUGCAAGUUCGGCGCCUUUGAUGCGGACAACCUGGCGGAUAUGGAUGAGGACGACUGA